GCCGUUGCAAUAAGAUGUUACACUGGGAGUACGGUUGUAUGUAGGUUUUGGGAAAGAGAUUUGUGGUAUAACGCGCCGGAAAGAAAAUUGAGACGGGAUCAAUAAUUCAUCUUUGAAGCUUUUCUUCACAUUCAACGGAGUUGGCAGUAACUCAACUAGUGGAGGACUCGUUAACAGAAUGGCGCAGUUCAUGUUCGAGAACGAUGUGCACAGCCUUCUAAAGCUGGACAUGCCAAUAACAAAUGCGCCUAUGGCGAGAUGGCAGCGGAAAGCCAGCGCGUCAGGGUCGGCUUCUGCCAAUACCAGCGCCCUUUCGCCAGGGAAAUCUGGCAAUCGAUCUCUCAGCAUAUCCAAGACUCCAAGUAAAACACCAGGUAAAAGCGGAAAGAGCCAAUGUACUCCUUCCAAAGCAGGUGGAGACCGAUUUAUCCCCUGUAGAAAUGGCAAGCAGAUGGAUGUUGCCAGUUUCCUACUUGCUAAGGAGAAUGAACCUGUCGACCCAAUUCCAACAAAUGAUAAACAGAAGGCCUGGUCUGUUGCCCUCAAUGGUUAUGAUGUUGAAGAGGCAAAGAUCUUGCAUUUGGGUGGAAAGCCCCUGAAUGCCCCGGAAGGUUAUCAGAACAACCUGAAAGUUCUCUACAGCCAGGUUCACACCCCUGUAUCAACCAAAAAGAGCCGCUACAUCUCCACUGUGCCUGACCGGAUCCUCGAUGCUCCUGAUCUCAGAAAUGAUUUCUAUCUGAACCAGAUGGACUGGAGCAGUCAGAACCUCCUCGCUGUGGCUCUGUAUAACAGUGUGUACCUGUGGAAUGCCUACCAAGGGGAUAUUACCCUUCUGGCCACGAUGGAAAGGGAAGAGGACUACGUCUGCUCUGUUUCCUGGAUCAAAGAGGGGAAUUUUCUAGCAAUAGGCACAAGCGAUAACAAAGUGCAGUUAUGGGACGUGGAAAGCCAGAAGCGUCUACGUAACAUGAGCAGUCACAGCGCUAGAGUGUGUUCUCUCAGUUGGAACAGCCAUAUACUGUCCAGUGGCUCCAGGUCGGGUCUUAUCCAUCACCAUGAUGUGCGGGUGGCUGAGCAUCAUAUCGGCACGCUGCUCGGGCAUUCCCAAGAAGUCUGUGGGCUCAAAUGGUCCCCUGAUGGAAAGCACUUGGCCAGCGGGGGCAAUGACAAUCUUGUGAAUGUGUGGGCGGGUUUGCAGACUAGUUUCCGCCAUAAAUUCAGUGAUCACCAAGGAGCAGUUAAGGCCCUAGCCUGGUGCCCAUGGCAGCCCAACAUCCUUGCGUCAGGUGGUGGCACAAGUGAUCGGCACAUUCGCAUGUGGAACGUCAACACCGGUUCCUGUAUCAGCGCUCUAGACACCAUGUCUCAGAUUUCCUCUUUAGUGUUUGCACCGAACUACAAGGAGCUAGUGUCCGGCCAUGGAUACAUGCACAACAACAUGGUCAUCUGGAAAUAUCCUGCCAUGACUCAAGUGGCUGAGCUUUUGGGGCACGAUGGCAGAAUUCUGAAUCUGGCGCUGAGUCCGGACGGUAACGCAAUCGCUUCCAUAGCUGCAGACGAAACGGUUCGACUGUGGAACUGUUUUGAAAUGGAUCCUAUCAAAAAGAAGAGCAAGGAAAGGAGUGGCAAAUCUCCCGGUGGCAUUCACCAAGGAAUUCGAUAGCUGGACUAUGGGACGAGGGUUUUGUACAGUGAUUUAAUGUAUUAUGUUUGUACUGAUUUUAAAUGAAAUAAAGGAUUAUGUACCCACAA